UGGAACGCGCCGCCUUCUCAUGACGUGUACCAGAAGUUACAGCAUUUAUGGCUGAUUGGCUGAUUUCCAUAUUUGGAAGCUUGAAUCAGUGGGAGGAGCCUUUGAUGACUCCAAACUUCAGACCCUAAGUUUCCUAUCUUCAUUCAGCAACUCUUUCAAGAAGAAUGUGAGGACUCCGGUUUCGACCCAUUCAGGCGACACCAUGGCCGUGUUCACCUUCUCCCCGCUUGACUUUGUCUUCUCGUGCUUGGGUCUGCCGCUUUUUCUAGCCGACGUCGUUCUGGACGUCUUAGCCGUAAUUGACUUCUACAAGGAGGAAGCUUGGGUGCGCCUGUCAGUUCUGCUGCUGCUGCUCGUGGGCUCCUCGGUUCUGAUCCAAGUCUACAGCUGGAAGUGGUACAUCGGCGACGGAUUGGACUUGAAGACCCGCGUGGAGAGCGCGCUGAAGAAGGGGCUGAAGACGCUGCAUGUACUGCAGCUGGGGAUCUACGUACGGCACCUGGGCGUCCUGGAGAAGUCUGUGUCAGGGUUCUGCGGUAAAGGCUCGGACAGUCAAAACAGUAAAGAUGUGGCGGUGGAGCUAAGCCACGAUCUGUGCAUGCUUCACUUGAUCGAGACCUUCUCUGAAAGCGCCCCCCAGAUCGUCCUCUGGCUCACCAUCAUCCUCCAGGAUGGCAAGCUGGAUGUUAUCUCAGUGCUAAAGGUCUUGUGCUCGAUUGCAGCCGUGGCCUUCUGUGUGACUACAUACCACCGCAGCCUGCGCUCCUUCUUGAAGGACUCAAACCAGCUGUCCAUCAUCUCCUCCAUCAUCCACUUCCUGUGGAACCUGCUCCUGCUCCUCUCCCGCCUCACGGCUCUGGCGCUCUUCGCCUCAGUGCUCCCCUGCUUCAUCUUCACCCACGUCUUCUGCUGCUGGAUGGUCUUUGUCCUGUUUGCCUGGCGGGCCCAGACUGACUUCAUGGACGACCCCUGGGGGGAGCGGCUGUACAGAGCCACCGUCGCCCUCAUCUGGUACUUUGACUGGUUCAACGUGUUCAAAAAGAGGACGAAGAAGAGCGCCCUGCUAUACCACAGCUUCAUCCUGCUGGACACCUGCAUGCUCUGCGGCCUGUGGUUCUGGAGGAUGAACACCCACCCACCUCAAUUCGUGAUCCCGCGGCCGUACGCCGAUGUCAUGGCGAGCAGCGUGGUUGCAGUUUACAUUCUUGGCCUCAUGGUCAAGGCCCUUUACUACAGGUUCUUCCAUCCUAAACACAAUCAAGACAACUUGAGGGGGGAGGACCAAAAUGAAGUCAGUGGACAAAACAAUGACACUCGGAGGGAAAGGGACGAAACGGAUGGAACCAUGAUGAUGAGGAUGAUGGUAUCCUCUCCUGCUCCACUUCGUCAAACACAGAAUGGCAAAAAAAGAAUGAGGAUGCUCGCAGAGAACUUUUACUCCUGAGGUGGACGGCGGACAACAAGUUGUCAGAUUUCCAUUCAGGAAAUAUUUACAGUAGAGCACCUUUAUUUUAAAAAAUCCCAUGGAAACAAAUCCCAUAGAAAAAUCCAAUUUCUCACUGCCAAGACUCUAUAUGCCGAGGAAAAACAAAACAAAAAAAAAGGACGAAUUUUCUGCAAAAAUACGCUUCCAGACUGUAGCCAAAUCACUUUCAACAAUUUAAGAAUGACUUUAUUUCUCUCUCAGGUUGCCAGUUUCAGGAUCCAAGAUCUGCUUUUACAAUGAAAACCUGCAACUUGAAAAAGGUUCUCAGCUUUGAGGGAUAAUAUUUACAUGUUUAUUAUUUUAACAUUGUUAUUUAUCAACUAUUGUAGUUGUAAAUGUGCCUUCCUUGAAAACAUAUUUAUACUUUGGUUUUUAAGAAGCUUAGUCCAUUAUGUUCCGUGUGAAACUGAAAUGUGGAUUCUGGUUCUUCCGGUUCAAUCACGUUUUCAAAUCCGGAACUGCUGUUCCCUGGGAUUUUAUUUUUAUAAGCCACGAGUCAUGUUUGUAAAACUUUUAGAAGCUAAGAAAGAAAUGGGAAUCGGAACAUAUCUAAAUGUAUUUACAGGCUAUAGAUGGAAACAUUCACAGGAGUUCGGUUAGCUUGAGAUAUUGUUGUAGGAGCUCGCAGGAUCACGGCUCCAAGGUGAUGAGAUGAUGACAGGAGGAGAGGUAAAAGGAGCAAAUGAAAGUCUGUUUAGAGGGAGCUGAAGGUUCUGCUGCUCAGCUGAGCCCAAACCGAGCAGCAGGUUUUUCCGGACCUCCAGCAGCAGCGCUUCCUGAAACUCCUUAAACUUCUGGCAGAUUCAGUUCUGAUUGUCUCACAAACUUCACAGCAACAAAACUUCCUUUUUUUUCUGGAGCAAGAAGAAACCGAACAAAGUCCAUCUUUAGGUCUCUGGUCUUGAGACCUGGGUCGCAGUGCACACAGAACCAAGUCGACAUCACAGCAAAAGUUAUAAAGUAACACUUUGAAACCACGGCGCUGCAGAUGCAGGAGUCAAAGUUUCCUGUUUCAGGGCGCUGAAAUUUAAAGGCACGUUUAAAUGUGCAGAAGCACACAUUCCUGACGGUCCAGCUGCACAUGCAGAUGUCUGCUCUCUGAUUGGUGGAGAUUUUCCUAUGAAGUUUGAUUUUAUAAACAAACGUCCAAUCAGCAUUUAGAAAAAUCUUUCAAAGUAGAGAAUGUGCUUUGAUCCACAAAGAUAAAGUAGUGUAUGGAAUGAAAGAGAUGCCAAAAAAAACAUUUAAAUAAUUUAGAAAAGUAGGAACCAAUUGCAGACAAAAAUUAAAUUCUUUGCAAUUUUC